GAUCCUGUACGGAAGCACCCGAUGUUUCCUCCUACGAUGCAGGUGAAGUUCAACGCCGAGGCUCAGUAAGAGGAAGCCCUUUUCCAUUUCAGGGGUUUGGAGUGACCUGGGAGAAAGCAAUGGAGCCCAGCAGCUCCGAUCUCUUGGACGUUCUCUUCGAGCAGCAGGAAGGACUGUUCCUCAGCAACACCUUCUCCGGAUUAGACCCCAGACGCAGUUUCCCUCUCCAAGAUCACGCUUACGGAUGCCUGUCGGAGAAGAUUUGUGAAACGUGGGUGCCCAGCAGGGAACAGAUCCAGAAUGAGAGCGACCCGGAAGACCUCUUGCAAAUGUUCAUCGAUCCGAACGAGAUCUACAGUUCCAGGAGCCCCCUGGCCUCCCCGGAGAGCGACAGCGGGAUCUCGGAUGACCCCCAUGCAGACACCCCCUCACAAAACACGGCUGUCCCCCCAGAUUUAUCCCCCACAGCCAUUUACGAGGUCAUCUGUGACUCUGGGUUGACGGAAGGGGAAACUCUGCCGGGCAACCUCUUCUCCAGCCACCGAGAAAACUGGACUCCCCCGGUCAUGUUUCCCGAGGCCUGCAUUACUAGUGAAAUUUCACCAGUCCUCUUUGAGAACACGGCGAAAACCAGCAUGGCGGAGAUAUCCGGGGACCAGCUCACACUGUCUGCCUCCGGGUGGGUGGAAAAGGGCUCCUUCCUGCCAUAUCAUAUCCCUGGCUUCUUCUUGUCCGACGAGGAAAAGCGGCUACUGAGCCAGGAGGGCGUUUCGGUGCAAGGAAACCUACCUCUCACCAAGGCAGAGGAACGAGUCCUGAAAAAAGUGCGGCGGAAAAUUAGGAACAAACAGUCAGCUCAAGACAGCCGCAAACGGAAGAAGGAGUACAUCGAUGGGUUGGAAAGUCGGGUUGCCACGUAUUCAGCCCAGAACCAGGAACUGCAGAAGAAAUUGCAGGAACUACAGACACACAACGUAUCCCUGGUCAGCCAGCUGCAGAAGCUCCAAGGCCUCAUCAAGCAGACUUCCACCAAGGCCGCUCAGACCAGCACCUGCCUCGUGAUCCUCAUAUUCUCUCUCGGGCUUCUCAUCCUGCCGAGCUACUGCUCUUUGAGGCGGGGGACCCAAGUAAACCAGGAGGAGUACCAACCCUCUGGAGUGAUCUCCAGAACAAUCCUGACCGAGGGAAGACUCUCCGAUCCAGAGGAGCCCCCCAGUGCUGAUGAACCAGAACCACUUCUGGAAUCUGAACCCCCACAGGGAAGCUUGCUGGGUCCAGAUGCCAGCUGGGGAGAGAACCAGGCCAAAGACAGCAUUGUGGAGAGACCGGUGAACGGAUCCACUCGGGGCCCCUUCAGGAACUCCCAAACAGAACCAACAGAAAGUUUGCGGGCUAAAGCAAAGAAGCCCAUGCUUGACAGAGAUCUUGCCAAGCAAAUACAUGCAGAUGAGAUGUAACAGCUGGAGAGACUCUAUGGGGAAAGGCUGUGGAUUCAAAGCAUCCGAUCUCGGGACUUUUUGAAACAUUUCUACAGCUUGAGACCUUUCUAGGCUGAUGUGAUCGGCUACACAUCUCCGACCGACAAGCCGCUAAAGCAAGAAGACUCUCUGAUUUUUGUUUUUAAAGAUGUCACAGGGGCUUUCGGGAAGCCUGUCUACGCUGGUCUAUGUAUGCUUCACCUCUUCCCUGUUUAUUAGGGACCAUCCUCAUUUUCUGGCCUCUGUCUCUAAUAAAUCCGGGUUCCAGGUUU